AUGUCCGUGAGCGCGCUUCAACAGCGCUUCGCGCUCGCGCGGUCGUUCAAUGCGAGCACGAAACGGUUCUCAAAGUCCGCGCGACGCUCGGUGGUCGUUCGGGCCGGGACGACGACGUCGAUUCAGUUCGUCAAGGGUCAGAACGAAACCGCGGUGCCAGAGGUGCGGCUGACGCGCUCAAAGGACGGGUCGAACGGCACGGCGUUUUUCAUCUUCAGUGACCCGGACGUGUUUGAAAACGGGCAAGGAGACAUCACGGGGAUGUUUCUCACGGACGAGGAGGGCGAGAUGAGCACGGUGGACGUGAACGCAAAGUUUGUCAACGGUAAGCCGACUGGGAUCGAGGCGCGGUACGUGAUGAAGACCGAGGCGGAUUGGAACAGAUUCAUGCGUUUCAUGGAGCGAUACGCCGAAGAUAACGGUCUCGGGUUCAGCAAGAAGUAG